GAAUUGUUUAAUGACCUAUGCCAUAAGAUGGCAGUCUACCCCAGUAUAGUUCAGUAGAGUGAGGUUUAGUAACCUGUAAAAUAUCUAAGAUAUUAACGUUUUGAAACCCUUGGUACGCUGUCAUUAGGUCUUUCAUUAAAGCAAAUUUUUGUUUUUCUGUUGACACCCGAUGAAAGCUGGAAGUUUUCCUGUUAAUCUUUUAUAUAAGAAAAUCUUGCAUUUAAGGUAUGAAUAUUUUUAAGCAGAAUUAUAUGAAAAUUAUGCUCUUAAUUCAUCAGAGUCCCUAAGACAUGUUUCUAACCAGACUUAAAAAUGCUGACUUGAUGCAUAAGAAACAUUGCCUUAAAGAUGAAUUAUUCAGGAUAUGUAUUUUUAUAUAAGCUCCUCAUGCAAGUUGUUUCUCCCUCUUUGAGAGUGAAUGGGGGAGUGGAUUAGCAGUUAUUUUGCAGUUUCCUUGCUACUUCAUUUAGUUGACAACUUCUCUGAAAAAACAUUCACCCUCCCUGUAAAUUCCAGUAUACCAAGGGUUUGAAUGAUUAUGCUUUAAGAUGAAAGUGAGAUCUUCCAAGAGGUGCCAAAUGGGCACUGGGUAUUAGAUUUUAUUCCAAGUUUUCUUGUUCAGGCUUGCUAUAUUUUAUAGAAUUUCACUGAAUAAUAAACUCUUCUCUCUGUUAUUUGUGUGUGUGAUUUUUGUAGUGGAGAAGGCAAAUGCAAAGCCCUUCCAGAUGACUGAAACACAGUGGGUCCUCUGCAGCUACAGGGGAUUCUAGACAUUAACUAAAGGCCAGCAAGCACUCAAGUCCCCAAGUGUUUUCCUGGUGUAACCACUUGUUAACUACAUUUUCUCUUUUUUUUUUUUUUUUUUUUUUUUUUUUUUUUUUUAUCAUUUUAGGGUGUUACAGUUUGAAAGACAGUGAGCAGGUUUUUUGGAACUUGUUUUAAAACAAUAUGCUGAGAGACAACACUUCUUACAGAAGUCUCAUUAAACUUUACUAGGCUUGAGAAGUAAUUUAUUUCAAAUAUAUUGAUUAUUGGUUUAUUCUUAAAUUUUUUACUUAAAAUCCUUUUGAAAUAGAGUAAAAUCUCUGUGGAUUAAGUCAUAUUACAGUAACAAAUUUAAGAUAAGGCCUAUGUUGUUCAGACUUUUGACAAGGCAAUUUAAUUCCAUCAGCUGUCUUCUAUGGCUGGUGAACAGUCAUAGGUUCUUGUUAAAAGAAAAAUUUUAAAAGAAAUUAAACAUUUAAGACUUAAUUACUUACUUUAAAAUUUGUAGCAUGAUCUGUAAUUGAGUCAUUUUUCAGAAUACAGAACACUUUCUAAGUAGUUGCUUUUGUUCACAUUAAACUGGGUAAAAAGUGUAUCUUAAGGAAUUUCUUCCUUAUUCUUAUUUAUGCAUCAUUAAAGCAUGCUGUAAUAUCAGUAUCUCUGUCAAUAGCAUUUAAAUAUUUCAUAGGCCCUUGUUUAAGAACUUUAAACUCAAUAUUUGAAUUACUGAUGGGUAAUGUGGUUCUCUGUCAGUAUGACUGACGGAUUUGCUUGAUGGUGGAUAAACUUGGCAUUUAGAGAAAUCUGCCCAAUAAUUUCAGUUCAGAAUGUGCUAAAGAUGAUAUGUGACAAGUUAAACAAAUACUAGCAUUUUAGUGGGCCUAUUUUGAACAAGGAGUUUCUUGUGGGAUGAGCAGCAUCUUUUGUGUAGUUCUGGAGAUUCAGAAUUCUGGACAUGAUAUGGCAUAUCACAGUACAGAGUCUGCUGUUUUCAAGUUAAAUUUAAGUCCUUUAUUUUUGUAAUAAAAUGUUUUCUUUUAUACUUGGAAUACACAGUUUUCUUUUUAUAUUUAUCAGUAGGGCCCCAAUUCAACAAGGUACUUAAGCACAGUACAGAAAGGUAUUUGAAGUCAGCAAGACUACUUAUGUGCUUAUAGCUAGGCACAUGCUUAAAUAGUCUGCUGAACUGGAGCCCAAUACUCCUAUACUUUCCAUUGUGAUAUUCUGUAUUAAUGUUGUCCAUCACUAAAGUAAAUGUUAAUUAUUACACUGCACAGAUAAGUCCCCUAUAUCGCAAUCACAGUCCAGUUUUAGCUUUUACUGACAUUUUUGGUGUUGGCUGUUGCUUUGUGUGUUAGACCUAUGCACAAAGUCUACGGUAAGGCAUAGUAUUAAUUUUAAUUUGGAAGGAAUUUUAAUAUUAAAGAUGGUUGGGGGGUUAUUUAGGUUCUUUGGUUAAUAUUUGUUUCUUUUGUCUGUUUCUUUUUCUUUCAUUUCUACACAUUCAAGCAGUAUUUCUUGGUUCUAACAAAGCAGCAGUAAAAAAAAACUUUGCCGCAUGAAAAUUAACUGGUGAGGGGCCUCAUUGCUUUUUUUUUAAAAUUGUAGUUUUAUUUAUUUCUAAAUACUUUAUUUAAAAAAAAAAAAAGAGGAUCAGAUGCAUGACUUUUUUUUUAAUGGAUGCAGAUCUUCUGAGGUGUCUCAAAAUAAGUCAGAGGAGUUGUAUUUAGAUGCCAGAAAUGUUGUAUUUGCACUAAUUUGAAAUAUGUGUAGAUAUAAUUUUUAAUAUCCUCUGAGACAUAAUUUUGCAUGCAAAAUUACCCCUAAUCUCUAUAGGUAUGUAAAUAUAUUGAUGCAUUAAUGCCCUAUAUCUAAAUGACCUUUUCCCCCCCUCUCCCUCCAUAACUUUUGGUAUCUAAAUUGAUGACCGCUCAAUGACACAAGCAAGAUAACAGUGCUGUGUAUUAUACAUUUGUUUAUAUUAUCGGCACUUCUCAGUAUAGGUGGAAGGAACCAUUACCUUUAUUUAACAGUGGUUUUUCUUUUUUGUUGUUGUGUUUUACAGUUCUUUUCCCUGGUUCAGCCUGAACUAUAUACCAGGCCCUGCUGAAAAUACCACCCAACAGUUUUCUUCUGCAGCUUAUCCAGUUUCUCUUAAGUGCCCUGUACAUAUUGUAUGUUUUAUGAUGAGAUGCAGUUUCUCAAUAUGUAUUACAGAAACACUACUGGUAUUUGCAAAUAUAUAGUAAAAUUGUAUUAUUGAACUCUCAUUUUGGGGGCUUGGGCACAUUAACAGAUUAAUCCAUCUGUAUAGGGCUUUUGCUGUUGGAUAGAAUAAAAAUUACCUACAGACAUAUUUGUUUCGUAGUAGGACCCUUAAUAAGAUUGUUCUGUGUGCAGAAUAGGCAGUAAAAUCAGCCACACUUGUCUUAGUUGGCUACAAGAGUUUGGGCCAGAAGUUUUUUCUGAAAUGGCAAUAUGUAGCAGCAUUCUUGGUACAGUAAGUGUGGCACAUAAUGGAACAUAUGCAAUUUACUGGACAGGUAAGGAAUGUGCCACAAUAUAUUGUAUAUACACACAGAGCGUGUAUUUGGAGAUCUGCAGACACUUUCAUAUUCAUUUGACGAGUCAGCAAAAGCCCUACGCUUUAUUCAACAAAAUAUUUCCUUACCUUCUCUUAAUUUUUACAAAAUUUGUAUGGUAGGUGUAAAAAAAUCAUAGUGAACUGUACCAUAUUAUUAACCCCUAAAUCAAACUUUUUUUGUCUUGUGUAUCUUGAUUUUUCUGUGUGCUUUAUAGUGAAGCAGCCGACACGAGUCGUUGUUCAUAAAACAGCUUUUGAAAGUUGAGAGCACACCCCUGGAGAACCGACUGUGCUUGCUUACGUUUGGUUCAUGACUUAAAAAUCGAGUACAGGAAUUAUUCCUGAUGAGACUAAGGCUUUAUCUCUUUUGGCACCAGCUAAUGCUGUGGCAGGUCUGCUGCCUGGAGGUGGUCUCCUGCCUACUCCCAACCCACUUUCUCAGAUUGGUGCUGUUCCUUUAGCUGCUUUGGGAGCUCCUGCUCUUGAUCCUGCCCUAGCUGCUCUUGGGCUUCCUGGAGCAAACUUAAACUCUCAGUCUCUUGCGGCAGAUCAGCUACUAAAACUUAUGAGCACAGUGGAUCCAAAGUUGAACCAUGUAGCUGCAGGUCUUGUCUCACCAAGUCUGAAAUCUGAUACCUCCAGUAAAGAAAUAGAGGAAGCUAUGAAAAGAGUAAGAGAAGCACAAUCACUGAUUUCUGCAGCCAUAGAGCCAGAUAAAAAAGAUGAAAAACGAAGGCAUUCAAGAUCAAGAUCACGAUCAAGAAGGAGGAGAACUCCUUCUACUUCUAGACACAGACGAUCAAGAAGCAGAUCAAGGAGGAGGUCACAUUCAAAGUCAAGAAGUAGGCGGCGAUCUAAAAGUCCAAGAAGGAGGAGAUCUCAUUCCAGAGAGAGAGGCAGAAGGUCUAGGAGCGCAUCCAAAACCAAGGAUAAAAAGAAGGAGGAGAAAGAAAAGAAACGUUCUAAAACUCCACCAAAAAGCUACAGCACAACCAGACGAUCUAGAAGCACAAGCAGAGAUCGACGACGCAGAAGAAGCAGGAGUGGAACAAGGUCACCUAAAAAGCCCAGGUCCCCUAAAAGAAAACUGUCUCGGUCCCCAUCUCCAAGAAGACAUAAAAAGGAAAAGAAGAAGGAUAAAGACAAAGAGAGAAGCAGAGAUGAGAGAGAGCGGUCAACGAGCAAGAAGAAAAAAAGCAAAGACAAAGAGAAGGAUCGGGAAAGAAAAUCCGAGAGUGACAAAGACGUAAAACAGGUCACAAGGGAUUAUGAUGAAGAAGAACAAGGAUAUGACAGCGAGAAAGAGAAAAAAGAAGAAAAGAAAGUAGCAGAUUCUGCUUCCCCCAAAAUAAAGGAAUCAUCAGUGGAUAAGGGAAGUGGAGAUUCAGCAAGAGAAUCCAAAGUAAAUGGGGAUGAUCAUCAUGAAGAAGACAUGGAUAUGAGUGACUGAAUAUUGCCUUUGCAGUGAAUGCAGCUGCAGACAUGCAUCAGUGUCAUUCCUGUGUGAUUCUUUUAUGCUGUACUUGUUAAUCCUAAAUCUAGAUGUAUACAGCUCUAAUCUAUAAAUGGUUGUAAAGCUCCUGAUAUUAAUUUACAUCAAAAGCUUUAUAGUGAGAGGUACUUUGGUUGCCAUUCUUGCUAUGGCCAAAUUUGGUUUGAGUAGCCAAGUAGGUCUUAUUAACUUGGUGCUGCUUCAAGCAAAAGUGAAAAGCUGCAUGCAUCUACAGCAGGCAUGGAUUGUUUAUGUUGUAUGAUCUCCUUUAGUAAAUUGGCUCACUUAUAUUAGUGUUUCUAGAGUUUGAUUCAUUGCAGUAAUAGAGCAGUAUAGGGAAUGCACUGAUUGCAUGUUAAUUGUGGCAGAAACAUCCUAAAUGUUCUAAGAAAAUUCUACAACAUAUGAUGGAUCUUUUUAAGGGUCUUAAGUGUGGCUACACAAAAUUAAUAUUCAUAGUUACAUCGGGAAAUAAGCAUUCUGAUAUAAGUAGAUAAUCUUUUUAGCCAUGUGGCUAUUUUUGGGGUGGGUGGGUGGAUGGGUUUUGUUUCAUUUUGACAAGGUUAAAAUGCACUAACCUUUUUUGAUGGCUAAUUUUGAUGGUCUUUUACUCAGUCAAUUUAAAAUCCAUCUCAGGCAGUGGAGAGAGGUAUAGUUUAAUUCCUAACUACUUCUCUUGGGUCUGAUGAGGUCAAAUUUUCUGAUCCAAUAAUGCAAAGUCUCCUAACUUGCCCAGUAUCCAAUGAUUAGAGGUUGCUUUGUGCAGUUUUCAUUACCCAAUUUUUUAUUUUUAUUGUAUUUGUUCAUGAGCUAAAUAUGUUGCAAAAAGAGGUAGUGCAUUUUAAAAUUGACCUUUGUAUGCUUUUAAAAGCAAGUCUACUUGAUAAUGUACUUUUUACUUGAUCUCAAGUUGUAUAAACUAAUAAAUUUGUGUUUACUGUCACUGCAAUAGUAAUCUUAUGCACACAGUGAUUCCAUGUUAUGCAAAGUAGUUAGAUGAGCUCUUUUUCUUAGUUAAAGACAUUUCAGAGCUUUUACUUUUGUGCAGGUAAAAACAAAAGUGGGCUACAGUCUGUGCCAUGUUGAUGUACAGUUUCUGAAAUUGUUUUACAAGACUUUGAUAAUAAAACCCUUAAACUUA